AUCUCGACAACCAAGCUCAUAUGGAAGGAGGAGGAGCCGGAGCGCAGCCUGCCGACACCGAGAUGGCCGAGGCAGCCCAGCAACGCGACCCACAACACCCGCAGCAGCAUCCGGCCCCGCAAAUGGUAGCCGGCGGGAUGGAGAGUAUUCCGGCUACGCUUAGCCACAGUGGCAGGUUCAUACAGUAUAACAUAUUCGGGAACAUGUUCGAGGUCACUGCCAAGUACAAGCCCCCCAUCACGCCCAUCAGCAAGGGCGCCUACGGCAUCGUCUGUUUCUUCAUAAUUGAUGAAGGAAUUUAAAUUUUGGGUGAUAGUAUAGUAGUGUAUUAUGGACUCUUUUAUUCUAAGGUAUCAAAGCAAAAUCAUUUGAUUGAAGUAAUGUGACUUGGAGCGAAAAGAUAAUCAUUAUGUUUCUUCAUCAUAGGAAGCUGUUAAAGUUUGCUAAAAUAGUAAAAGAGUUUGGAAUAAGUUUUUGGGUUGUCAGGAACUUUGUUGAUUUUGUCAUGUGGUUUACUUUGUGAAGAAUUAAAGUGAAGCACAAGUGUUGUCUUCAUGCAGAUAUCCUGCAACACACGUUUCAUUGUUCUAAUAGAUUACUAAUGCAUUG